AUGGAUUACAGCUAUAUCUCAUCGAUUCCGUGCUUCAUAUGCCAGAAAACUAGCUGUCCACUUCGGAAUAUACACGAAAAUGCAACUGACAACAUCUCAUUCCUUACAAUUAUCGAAAAGCUUAGUGGGAUCUCAUUUGAACUGCCUGAUAGUCAAGAACUUGUUCAAGAGAUUUGCUUUAAAUGCCAAGAAGAUGCAAUAAUUGCUCAUACAUUCCAAGAAUCGUGUAUCAAAGCUAUCAACUUGUUGCUAAAUGAUCCAGUAAAGUCAGAAAGUUUUGAGAAAGACACUAGCUUGAUUGAUGACUACAACAUCAUUGAAUAUGAUGAUAAUAUCGGAUAUGAAGAUGAAAUAAUAGAGGAAAACGAAGAACUAGAAAGUCAAGAACAAGAAAUCAUAGAAGAAUCCGUUAUACAGGAAGAAUAUGAAUACCCUAUUAAAACUGAGGAGUACGACAUACCAAAGCACAAAAUUAAGAUGCAGUUUGAGAGAAUGGAUGAUGGAAGAUACAAAUGCCUCGAAUGUGAUAAUACUUUUAAGACAAAAGACAUAUUAAGGCGACAUUCAGUUCGUCACACAAAAGGUAGGAACUUUAAAUGUAAUGUAUGUCCACGAGAAUUCUUCUUCCAACGUGAUCUUAAUUUCCACUAUAAAACUCACCAAGAAACAGACAAGUUUCUCUGCGAGCACUGUCACAAUGAAUAUAGUUCAAAAUCAGCACUAAAGAAGCAUUUAUUAAUCCACAGUGAUAUUAGACUAUUUGAAUGUACAGCAUGUGACAAGAAAUUCCGUACAAAAUUCGCAUUAACUAAUCAUAUGCUUAUCCAUACAAAAGUAAAGCCUUUCGAAUGCAGUCAAUGCCAUCAAAAUUUCACACAGAAAAACAUUUUAAUAAGGCACAUGAUCUCUAGCCACAAAAUGAACUUUUAUGAAUGCGAAUAUUGUCAAUCUGAAAAGUUUGAGAAGCACAAGGAUUUAAAAAGUCAUUGGAGCAAUUGUCAAGCAUUUCAAACUAUGAGAAAUGCCUUAUAG